CGCCCACAGUUUUUUCUCGGCUGGCGGCUGGCCGACACCAGAUGUCUGAGAUUGAGCUCCGGAAGUGCGAGAGGCUCUCUUUGCAAUACACCUUCAGCCGACAUUAGUACAAUGCAAAAUGGCUGCCCCUUGCAUAAUGAUCCGACAACGCCCCCUCAUCUUCCUCUCCCUCUCCCUCUUCCUACUCUUCCUCUUCGGCGAGUUCGGAGUUCACUUCCUGUACUCCUGGAUGUGGGCGUGGCCUACAGACUCCGCCCUCCCUCCCUACCGACCACUCGAUCCCACCGUCACCGAGAGUUACGCCAACCUGGAGAUCAUAAAUGCUGGACCAGACGAAACGAAACAAUCGUUGAAAAUCCUCGUAUUGGCUGAUCCACACAUACAGUGUUCAUUUGCAACGUUUGAACCGUGGCUACUUCGAUGGGACUCUGACAGGUAUGUCGCAAGAGGCGUGUCUCGGUUGCUGGUUGCCAUGGAGCCCGAUGCCGUGGUUGUUGUCGGCGACGUGUUUGCCGAGGGUUACAAGGCAUCGCAGCAAGACUGGACUGACUACUUGCAGUGUCUCAGUGAAGUGCUGGUGGUCCCUAGCGACGUGAAGCUGAUUCUGUUACCAGGAGACAACGACAUCGGAGGAGAAGGAGGAGAAGGAAUGAGAGAUACCAUAAACCAGAGGUACAUUGCAGAAUUUGGACCUCUGAAUGAAGUCCUAACAUUCAGAGGAGUAACAAUAGUCAAGCUGAACACCAUCAGCUACAUCCACCGUCGUCCUGCCAACCAAGAGGAGGCAAAGAUAAGAGAGGAAACGACUUCAUUCCUCAGCAGUGUCUCUGAGAGCACGGCUCGCGGGUUGCUACGGAGACCAGUGCUGGUGUACUCUCACGUACCACUCUCUGAUCUGCCGACUGCCGUCACUGUUAGCUCCUCCCCUCUCUCUCUCUCUGUCAACGAGGCCACAAGGCAAAGCAAAGAAGCAAACUACAUGUCCUUUUUGGACACUUUACUACCUCUACCACUCUCUCUCUCUCUCAUCUCCCCAGAGCUCAAUCCUCUCCUCCCUAAGUCCAGACUACAUAUUCAGUGGCCACACCCACCACACGUCAUCCUCCAGUCAUUCCUACACCACUGUGGACGGGAGAGAGAGACUAGGGACGGAGUGGGUGGUGCCCACGUGCAGCUACAGGAUGGGAGAGUCUCACAUGGGGACUGGAGCCAUUUUCAUAGAUCGUCAUGGCAACCUAGGGUACAAAGUUCUCUGGCUCCCACCUCGCUAUCCAUUCCUCAUGCUAUACUUUCUCUUCUCCAUCGCUGUCCUCAUCCUCCUCCUCCACCACCUCCCUCUCUUCAAAUGUCUCAAAACUCUAUCUCGCCUCAGACACGGCUUCCGUUAGCAUUACAUCAUUCCAACUUCCAUCUUGAUACAUUCUCAUUGACAAAACAAAACAUUUAUAACACAGGGUCAUAUUAAUUAUCUUUAUUUCACUGGUUAUGUUUUAUUAUAAUGAUGUAUUAUAUUAUUUUUAUACUAGAUAAAGGAAACAUUAAGGUCUAUGUUUAAACCACUUAUAAAAUUUUUUACUGAUGGUGAA